AAAACAUCCGCAGGGGUGCCAGGUGCACCCACAACUGACCUGUCUUCCGCCAUGGACGAGCGCGGCUCCUUACUGGAACCCCACCACCUCGCGGACCGCGCUGACCCGUCGCCACGUUCCGCGCCGCUGCGCCGCGGCUUGGCCGCGUGCGCGACGGCGGCGGCGCUGGUGGCCGCAGUGGUGCUGGUGCUGCACGCGAGGGUCUUGAGGGCCGCCGAACGCGGCAGCCUUCGCCACGACGCCGAACGGAGCAGCGACGGGACCGGCGAAACGCUGGCCUCGCUGUGCUACGCGGCGUCGGAGCAGCGUUUGAAGUUAGGCCUCACGGAGAUUCCUCCUGGCGCUUGUCACAUCCACUCAGGCUUCUGCCGGGGCCCGGACGAUCGGUUAGAAUACCAUGACUGCGAUGGGGACGAUAUCUUGGAUCCAUACUGUGUCGCCUUCGACAAGCUCUCCUUCGGUUACAUUAGCUCCAAAGGGAAUUGCCGGAACAACUGGCCCAACGGGCUUUGCCUCAACCAAGACGAGCCCUCCAUCGCCAAUGCAGAAAAGGUGGUCCCUGCUUUGGCCAACGAGAUCACCAUCAUCCACUUCAACGAUGUCUACGAGAUGGCGGGCGUCCUCAAGGACGGCACGCGUAAGGGUGGCAUGUCGCGUGCAGCCUAUGUGAUCGAACGUGCGCGAAAGCGGAACCCGGACCGAACGCUGGUCGUUUUCGCCGGGGACUUGCUUUCACCCUCGGUGCUGAGCGAUUUGUUUCAGGGGCGUCAGGCAGUGGAUGUGUUGAACUACUUGAACUUGACCGCGGCGUCCUUGGGGAACCAUGAGUUCGACUUCGGCGUCGACGUCCUGCGGCAAAGGAUGCAGGAGUCCAAGUUCCCCUGGCUGAAUCUCAAUCUCAUGGAUGAGCAUGGCCGGCUGCUGGCGGGCACUCAGAAGCACAAGAUCAUCGAUCUGCCCUAUGCGCCCCGAUGGUCCAAGGAGCCCAACACCAAGACCACGCGGCUCUGUCUCUUCGGAGUGGCCUACGACCUCUUGCAGACGCUCUAUAAAGACAAGGAGCGCCUGAGGUACAAAGAUGCUCAGGAGGCCGCAGUCCAGGAGGCGCGCGAGCUGCGGAAGACGCACCAGUGCUCGGUGGUCUUGGCGCUCACGCAUCAGUUCGCCAAGGACGACUGCGCUUUGGCGAAGGCUGCGGGGAAAGAUCUCGAUCUGAUCCUGGGAGGUCAUGACCACUUCACGGACUUGCGCAGUGACUGUGGGCACGCCACCUACUUAAAGGCGGACUCCGACCUGAAGACCCAGUGGGUCAUGACCAUGAUGCUGGACGACGAAGGCUUCAGCGAGUCCAUCGAGGGGAAGCUGCUCUCCUUGACGGAUCAGGAUCCCUUCUCGCCUUCGGUUCAUGACAAGGUGGUGCAAUGGGAGGAGCGAGGACAAGCAGAGCUGGGCAAGCGCAUCGGCUGCAGCACGGUGCCCCUGGACACGCGCGAGAGCCAGGUCCGUCAGCAGGAGACGGGCGUGGGGAACUUCAUUGCGGAUGCCGUCCAAGCGAUGCACAAGACCGAUGUGGUGCUCAUCGCUGGGGGAACCAUCCGUGGUAACAAGGUCUUUCCGGCCGGGAAUUUGUCGAAGAAGGUCCUGACCGAGUUGCAUCCCUUUGGGAAUUCCAUCGUGAAGCUCUGGGUCACCGGACGCGAGUUGAGGACGUACAUCGAUGACAUGCUGGGAUGUUACUCCAAAGUGUGCGGGCGCUUCGUGAACGUGGCAGGUGUGAGCUUCCACUUCGACCCUUCCAUGCCCAGCGGCCACCGCGUCACGCACCUCGCGUGGCGCAACGGCACGGCGCUGCUUCCGGAUGGGACCUUGACCGUGGCCAUGACGGACUACGCGUUCUCGACCUCGGCGUCUCGGGUAGAGAGACCGCAGCCGGGCAUGCCACGCGGCGGUCGGGGCGGAGGGACCGAACGGGGAUGGGCGGAGGGACCGAACGGUUGGGAUGCUUGGGAUGAUCAUGCCCAGACACGACUAAUGGGACUGCCAUAGGACUGCCGAUCAGGCCAGGGGUG